CACGCCUCUGUCGUCGCCGGUGUGUACGAGUUGAUUUUUUCUUCGAGCGCGAAUAAAUUUGUAUAGGUAAUUAAAAGCGACGGAGAGAUACGUCGGUUUAUCGGAAUGCUUCGGCCGUUAUUGGAAUUGUUAGAUUUCGUUCGUCGCGCGUUCCACGUAUCUACUACCUACGAUAUGCUAACAAGAAUAUUUUCUUUUUUCUUCCUCAGGUAGUCAUUUAGGUAGUUCUGCCGGUUUACAUGAUAUCUGUUAUGAAUUACGACAGGUCGAUCGUGAUACAGACUAGGAAACUGGUUUCCUCGCGUGAAUUCAUCGUGUGCAAAUUCGCGGUUUAUAAAGCGAUUCCGCGCAACAAAGUUAUUCAAUGGAUGCCCGGAUAGAAGACAGGUGCAACAUGUACACGCUGCCGUUGCUGCUGUUGCUGAGCCAGGUCUGUUGGGGAUUCACCGGACACGACGUCCCUCAUCCCAACAGGACGGCUCUGUUCGAGCUGUCUGUGAUCCAUUGGAAUGAUUUUCACGCGAGGUUCGAGCAGACAAGCCCGACCUCUGGACCCUGUCACAAGGAGAAGGAGGAUUGCGUGGGAGGAAUCGCCAGAGUCUACACGGCGGCCACUCGGCUCAUGAGCGAACGGCCGAAUCCGAUUUUCCUGAACGCCGGCGAUAACUUUCAGGGUACCCUCUGGUACAAUCUUCACCGUUGGAACGUCACCGCUUUGUUUCUGAAUAAGCUGCCGCAGGACGCCAUGACGAUCGGAAAUCACGAGUUCGACCAGAAGAUCGACGGUAUCGUCCCUUUUCUUCAGCAUGUCAAAGCGCCGGUUGUAGUAACGAAUAUUGACAACAGCAAAGAGCCGAGAAUGAAUAAUUUAUAUCAGAACAGCACGAUCAUCACACGUAACGGUAAGAAGAUCGGCAUUAUUGGUGUUAUCCUGUCGACUACGAAUAUGAUCUCCAGCACGGAGAAUCUUAAGUUCUUGGACGAGGUGGAGACGGUGAACGCCGAAGCCCAGCGGUUGAAAGAGAAAGGCGUGGACAUUAUCAUAGUAUUAAGCCAUUGUGGACUGGACGUGGACAGAGUCACGGCUGCGAAGUGUCCCCUGAUCGAUGUGAUUGUCGGCGGUCAUUCGCACACGUUUCUCUAUACAGGCACGCCGCCUUUUAUUGACAAGCCGGUGGACGAGUAUCCCGUGGUCGUGACGCAGAAAGAGACGCGGAGAACGGUCCUUAUUGUUCAAGCAGCUGCUUUUACAAAGUACUUGGGUAACCUGACGGUGUGGUUCGACGAACAAGGCGAGGUGGUCGACUGGGACGGCAAUCCGAUCCUCUUGGACCACUCCAUCGAGGAAGACGAGGGAAUCCUGAAAGAACUCGAGCCGUGGAAGAAGGAAGUGGACGCGAAGGCUAUGAAAAAAAUCGGCAGCUCUAGGGUUGCGCUCGACUAUCGAUGUCGCAACAAGGAGUGCAAUCUGGGAAAUUUCAUAACAGACGCGAUGGUGGAUGCGUACGUCGACGCUAUCGACGACAAGUCGUACUGGACGUACGCGGCGGUGGCGUGUACGAAUGCCGGGGGAAUUCGCACCAGCCUCGAGCCGACGGACAUCACCUACGGCGAUCUGAUAACGGUCCAUCCUUUCGAGAACACGUGGGAUACUCUCGAGCUGAACGGAGAGACCAUCAAGAAGAUCCUGGUAAUGAGAAACACUCUGGUCUGGUCCGGGCUGAAAAUCACUUACAGAAUAGACGGUGGAGAGAGAAUCGUGGAAAACGUUAAAAUCAGGUGCCAGGCCUGCGAAUAUCCGGUAUUUGAGGAUGUGGUGGAUGAUCAAUGGUACCGAAUGGUAAUACCAUCUUACCUGGUCACCGGCGGAGACAGUUAUAUCCUUUUCAAGAAUAGCAGUCGCAAUCACCAAAUCGGAUCGCUCGAUAUGGAUUAUCUCGAGAAAUACGUGACAAAGAUGAGCCCCAUAAUUGCGGGGAUUGACCGACGGAUGAUCAUUCUGAAAUCCAAAUCCUAGAAAUCGUUAGAUCGUUAGAUCGUUAAAUCUGAAUUGUUAGAUUAACUUUUGAAUACUGCAUGAAACCGCAUUUAGAGAGAAAGAUUAGAGAGAAAGAUUAUAUAAUUUAGUAUUUGAAAGAAAUGUUUAUCGA